AUAACACUGCGUUUCCCUUUCAAUAAGUUCAUGUUGACUUUUCGAUAUUCUCAAAUUUGGUUAGCUAAAGAAUUAAACGUAAUAUGUAUUGAAUGGGAAGAUUUAUAAAUAUUCAGAAAAUGUCUUUAAAAUUUAUAGUUCAAGUUAAUUUGUUGUAGAUAUUGGGGCUAAUUUAACUGAUUUGAUGUUUCAAGGAUUUUACAACGGCUCUCAAAAGCAUCCUUCAGAUUUAAUACAUGUACUUGAAAGAGCUGGGACUUAUGGGGUGGAAAAAGCUAUUAUAACUGUUGGACGUAUUUCGGAAAUUGAAGAGGCGAUUAAUAUAUCUAACAAAAAUGAUAAAUUGUAUAUUACAAUUGGUUGUCAUCCAACAAGGUGUAAUGAAUUUGAAUCAAACCCAGAGGAGUAUUUCCUCCAGUUGUGUAGUGCAAUCGAAAAAAAUCAUUCUAAAGUAGUAGCAAUUGGAGAGUGCGGUUUAGAUUACGAUCGACUAAAAUUUUGUGAAAAAGAGAUUCAAAAAAAAUAUUUUGAGAGACAAUUAGAUUUAGCUAAAAAAUAUAGUUUGCCACUCUUUCUGCAUUGCAGAAAUGCACAUUUUGAUUUUUGUGAAAUUGUUGGAAGGAAUAUGGAAAAAAUUUUUCCUACCGGUGGUGUAGUUCAUAGUUUUGAUGGAACAUUGGAAGAAGCUAAAAAAAUUAUAGGACUUGGUUUUUAUAUUGGAAUAAACGGGUGUUCCCUAAAAACUGAAGAAAAUUUAAAGGUUGUCAAAGAACUGCCAAAUAACAAAAUUUUGUUAGAAACCGACUGUCCGUGGUGUGGUAUUCGACCGUCCCAUGCUAGUUCAAAAUACGUCAAAACUCAAUUUCCAUUUGUUAAAAAGAAAGACAAAUGGACUAAGGAUACACUAGUUGAUGGAAGAAGUGAACCUUGUCAAAUUAGGCAAGUUCUGGAAGUAAUAGCAGGAGUGAAAGAAGAAACCAUCGAUGUCUUGGCUAAUACCUAUUAUCAAAAUACUAUAGAUCUAUUUUUCAAAAAUAAAUGAAGUUUGUAAUAUUUUGAACUAACAAA